AUGGGCUCCCUUUCGCAAACCACAGAGGAAACAAACGACCUCAUCCUCCCACCACGACCCCCAAAUCUCCCACACGCCGAAUACCGCACCCCGCGCGGCGCCUCGCCGCUGGAGUCUGUCCGCGCCGCGGGGCUGCAAUACCCGAACUACACGCCCUUCAAACUGCCCAACCUGACGACACGCCCCUUCAGCGACAAGGGGUUACAAUCCGAUCCAUCGAAAUCGAACCUCCUCUCCGCCGCGAAGGAAGUGGUUCACCUGACGCCGGAGAUCGGCACGGAGCUGACAGGGCUGCAACUGACGGCGUUGAGCGACGUGCAGAAGAACGAGCUGGCGCGCGUGGUCGCCGAGCGCGGCGUCGUCUUCUUCCGGGACCAGCACAUGGACGUCCAUGAGCAGAUCGCCUUUGGCGCGUAUUUCGGCGACCUGCACAUUCACCAGAUGGCGGGUAUCAUCCCGGAUCUGCCCUGGGUGCAUCCCAUCUACAAGGAUGAAACGGCGGUCAAUGGUCGCAGUCAUCAGAUUUGGCAUUCGGAUGUUAGCUAUGAGCUUCAGCCGCCUGGGUUGACGCUGUUGAAGAUGGAUACGCUUCCUAAUGCUGGACCCGGCGGGACCGAGGCCGGGGGUGAUACCAUCUGGGCCAGUGGGUAUGCGCUUUAUGAGUCGCUGUCGCCGAAAUUGCGAGCCUUCCUCGAGACGCUCGAGGCGAAGCAUAGCGGCUUGGAGCAGGCGGAGAAGGCCCUGCGCACCGGUGGGUGUCUGCGGCGCGAUCCCAUCGAGACGAUUCACCCCGUCGUCCGCACCCAUCCGGUCACCGGCUGGAAGACCUUGUACGUCAACGAGAACUUCACCAAGGAGAUCGUCGGCCUGGAGAAGCGCGUCGGAGACGCCAUCCUCGACGCGCUCUACCGCACUGUCGCCGAGGGGUACGAGUUCCAGGUGCGCUGGAAGUGGACCCAUAACGACGUCGCGAUCUGGGAUAAUCGCGCCACAUAUCAUACGGGCAUUUUUGAUUACUUCCCUCAUCUGCGGCAUGGGCUGCGUGUUGCGCCCCAGGCUGAGACGCCGUAUCUCGACCCGAAGUCCAAGACGCGCAAGGAGGCGCUCGCCGGAGAGGAGGGGAGGGCGUAG